AUGAAGAACAGAAAGCAAUGUAUUCAAGAUACCAAGGGUCAGAAGCAUGAAGGCAUGGAAGGUGAAGAAAAUGAAGAAAGCUGUUCCUGUUCUACUUCAUUAUACGAUGGUGACACAUGCCCCAUCUGUCUGAACUGCCUUCUAGAACAAGAGAUUGGUUUUCCUGAGAACUGCAGUCAUACCUUCUGCAUGACUUGUAUUCUUAAAUGGGCUGAGAUACAGGCUUCAUGUCCUAUUGAUCGCAGACCAUUUCAGGCAGUAUGCAGGCUUGAUGCAUUGGAAGAGCAGAUAAAGGUUCAGGUUAAAAAGCAACUAAGGAGGAAGGAUGACGACAAACACUGUGCCUGCAAUAAGGGAAAAUAUAGCCAUGCUAAGAGAAGAAAUUUUGUGAGAAGAGCUGUAUGUCCAGACAGAGGGCACUUAGCGGCAAGGUUAAGCAAAGUUGUGAAGAAAAAAUACAGUGGUAUUUUGUAUGACAAACGAAACAAGAAAGCUUUGUCUGUGAAGAUAAGCAAGCCCAGAAGACAGACAUGCUGGAGUGAGUGCUUCAGAACUAAUUUCUUCAGCACACUUCCGGCUGGUGGUAGCAAUGAAGAAUCCUCUUUUAGCUGUAGAAAUGACUGUACAGAAUUCACCGAAGUUGAUGCAGUGAUCAGACAGAAGAGACAAGAACUGGACUUGUCCUGUUCAUCUGUGAUUGCUAGAGUUGAAAGAAUUCCUUUAAUGUCUUAUGGAGCUGAAGCUGAGACCUUUCUUCUCACUUCUACUACAGUGGCAGGGACAAUUCUUCCAACAAAUAUCAGGCCUUUGGAAAACUUUGAAUCUUUAGGUAAAGGAUAUGCUGUCACAUGUACCCAAGAAGGAGAAGAGAAAAAGCAAGCUUCUGGUUCAUCUGGUACUAGAGGAACUAGAAGAAAACCAGUUAAUACUACUCCUAGAAGAAGGUCUGCACGAAACAGCAAAACUGAGACCCUGGGUCCAUCUCGGAGCUCACCUCGGUCAAGCAGUUCAGCGUGCAGUGUCCCUGAUGGCAACAACCCAUCUCUGAAUAAAUCUCCUUCAGAACCAGAGAAGGCUCCUCCAAAACGGAAGUCUAAACGCAUAGUUAAACAACAAACACCCGUGGUUAAAAAGAAACUGAGAAGUUCUGCAUGUUCUGAAAAGCCACCCAGUGAUUCGGUGGAAGAUGAUGACAUUGCUGAGCCUAAAUCAGAUUUGACGUUAGAUAAAGACCAUCAGUCAGAUAAUGAAAGCCCAAGCCUUCCACAGAAGGAUAACACAGAAACAGAGUCUGCUAAUGGAUUGGAAAGCUGUUGUGAACAUGCAGAAACUGAGGAAACUACAGGAGAAUGUGCCAAAGAUGAAGAUACUUCAGGCACUGCAGAUGCAAGUAGUUUUUCUGUCCAAGAACCUCCAAUACUAACUUUAAGAGGUGAAAAUCAGGAAAUCAAAGUAGAAGGUGUUACUGAAAAAGAUGUAGAUCUUAAGAAUCAGGAGAUCUGUGAAGAUACUCUUGAACAAAUGGAAACAGCAGCUAGUCCCAAAGGUGAAGUAUGUGAUCGUGCAACUGUUGAAAAAUUCGAUCAGACAUUGUCUAGUCCUCAAAAUGAAUUAAUGGAGAAUAUGGAAACUUUGACAAAAGUAGAUCAACCCAUAGCUAGUCCAGAAAAUGAAUUGUUGAAAUGUCCAGAACCUUUGGGAAAAGAUCAGCCAUUAGAGAGCCCCAGAAGCGAAUUGCCUGAGUGCCCAGAAGCCAUAGAAAUAGAUGAUUCCAAGGCUCAAGAAGAAACAGUAGUAGACUCUACAAGUACAAAUACUGAAAACUUUAAAACUGUUCAAGAUGAAGAACCAGAUACAUUAAUACACAGUGUUUCUGUGGACAGUACAUCAGAACAAUGCUUAAAAGAGAGUGCUGUGCCAGAAAGCGAAGAGGGUAGAACUUCAGAGGCACCCCAGGUAAAUGCUGAACAUAAACAUUUUGGUGAAGAUAACAAUGAAAUGAUACCGAUGGAUUGUGAUUCAUUUUGCAGUGACCAGAAUGAACCUCAGAUUGAACAGUUACCACCAGUUGAAAGUACAGAGCAAGGCGAAAUAAACUCCUUACAGUGCAAUGUGGAAAACUGUACAUCAAUUUCAGGACUUUCUGAUGAAAAAGAUGAAACUACUCCUCAAGAGAGUGAGUGCCAGUCAGAACUCAAGAAAGAUAAAAAGACUCGAACUAGAAGAUCUAGGUUUCACUCUCCAUCGACAACUUGGUCUCCCUCUAUGAGAGAGGGCAGGAAAUCUCAGUCACCAUCCCCUAAAAGGGAGAUGACCAGAGACAGGAGCUCACGAUCACCCAAGAAGGAAGCUGGGAGGGAGGGAAGGAGAUCCUUAUCUCAUUCUCCAAAGAGGGAGACACUCAGAGAUGAGAAAAAAACACCAUCUCGAUCUCCCAAAAGGGAGACUGUCAGGGAAAGCAGGAGAUCAUCUUCUCGGUCAAGAACUAAGGAUUCGUCUCCAAGGCAGAAAUCUAGAUCUAGAAGCAGUGAUAGAGAUAGUCAGAGAAGAGAUCGUGACAGAGAAAGAAGGAAUAGGAGGUGGUCUAGGUCACGGUCACGAUCUAGGUCGAGAUCACGAUCUAGGACAAGAAAUAAAGGUUCUUCAUUCUCUAGGAAUGAGAGGGAUGGUCAUUCACCUCGUUGGAAAGACAGAUGGACAAAUGACAGCUGGAGAAGUCCCAGAGGAAAUGAUCGAUACAGAAGAAGUGAUCAAGAGAAACAGAAUGAAAGUCUUAAAAAAGAGAAGGACAAUACAGAAAAAAACAAUGAUGAUCAGUGUUCUUCAGACAACAGGAGGAAUGAUUGUCCAGACUGGGUAAUGGAAAGGAUAAACUCUGUUCCUGAAGUCAGGAACAGAGAGAAAGAGAAACCCCAUUGGGAAGAUGGCAGGCAUGACAAUGCAGGACACUCUUGGAAUAAAAACUAUGGUUCAGGUUGGAUUCCAAAUCGAGGGAGGGGUCAUCGUGGCCGAGGUGGGCGUGGAAGAGGUGGUUUCAGGUAUGGAGACCAGAGUGAAAAUCACUGGCAAAAUAGAAAACCUGUCUCAGGGAACUCAAAUGGUUCUGGGAAUGAAACCUCAAGGUUCCCAGAACAUCAGCCAUACAAGCAUAAGAAUGAACAAGAUUACUCUUUCGAUACACCUGCUGACAGAUCUGGGUGGACAUCUGCAUCCAGCUGGGCGGUGAGAAAGACUUUACCUGCUGAUGUGCAGAAUUACUAUUCAAGAAGGGGACGCAACUCCUCAAGCCCACAGUCUGGAUGGGGAAUGAGACAAGAAGAGGAGGUGCCUGAACAAGAUCCAAACAUCAAAGACCAAGGCAACCAGCAGAGUGAUGGUUCUCAGUUACCAAUAAACAUGAUGCAGCAACAAAUGAAUGUAAUGCCACAAGUGAAUGCACAGCACCAGCCUAUGAAUAUCUUCCCGUAUCCAGUGGGUGUCCAUCCUCCUCCCAUGAUGAAUAUGCAACAAAACCCUUUCAACAUCCCCCCUCCAAUGCCCAUGCAUCAUCUCCCUACCGGAGUGCCUCUCAUACAGGUAGCUGCUCCCACAAAUUUGUCUCAGGGAUUACCUCCGCCUCCACCUCCACCCCCACCAUCUCAACAAGUCAACUACAUUGCUUCACAGCAAGAUGGAAAACAAUUGCAGGGUAUUCCAAAUGCUGCUCAUGCAAGUAAUAACAUGAGUGCUCCAGCCUUGCCUAAUCCAGCAGCAGUCCUGGGAAACGCAGGAACAGUUCAGGGACCAAGCUCGGGUAAUGCAACGUCGUCAAGUCACAUCAAGAGCGUUAAUCCAGCUGUAAAAGUGGGAGAAAACAAAGCAAGUGUGACAGUGGAAGCCAGUGCAGAUAGCUCAAAGAAGGACCAG